GGAAAACUAGAGAACUUCUCUUGAGUUUUGGCUCUCAACUAAAAUAUAUACAAAUACAACUAUAACAACAUCACCAAAUACUGAAGCUUUUUACAGUCUGAGGAAGAAGAAGAAGAAGACUCAAAUGACGAGUUGUAUGCUGUGUAAGCCUCUGCCCUUCCUCACACCCAAACCGAUUCCAAGCUACGGUUUCAAAUCAUCAACGAGAUCGCUUAAUGGCGGUGUUGGGUGUUUAUUUGUAACUCAUGCCACAUCAAAUACGAGGCCAUUCAGUUCUAGGGUUUGUGUUGUCCGUGCCUCAAUUGUCGGCUCCUACGAAAAUUCCUCCGGUUUCAUCAAGCGCAUGGAACAAUCCUGGCUAAUUUCACAGCAACCAACGCCAGUUGCUUGUUCUUCUUGCGAGUCAAGAGGGCAUAAUGAAUGCAAAUGGUGUGCCGGCACAGGCUUCUUUAUCCUUGGUGAUAACAUGCUCUGCCAAGUUCCUUCAAGAAAUACCACUUGUGUAAUAUGUUCUGGAAAGGGAGCAAUGUGCUGUUCUGAUUGCAAGGGAACAGGUUUUCGAGCCAAGUGGUUAGGAGAACCUCCUAUUCCCAAGUAAACACCAUUCUUUCUCAACCUGCUGAAAGGUAUGGAGUUGGAUCAUAGCUGCAAAAACAUCAUAGUAACCUGAUUCUAUAUCUGAUAUCUUAAAGUCUUGUAUUGUAUUUUUCCGAUCAAAGUUUGAUCGUACUUUGAUCGAUACAGUUACUUACUUGAACCUAAAACUUCAAUUGUUUAACUUUGUAAUUAAAGAAUCAAUUCACAACAUAUAGGCUAUUAAUUCAUAAUCUUGAAUUGGAGUAUAGUUGCUUUCCCUUGUUUAAGUUUUUCAUGCCAAAUUUUGCUUUCGGAAUGUAACUAUGUAUUCUCAAUAAACAAAACUAACUGUAAUGAAUUGUCAACUUUGAUAAUGAAAAUCAAGGGAACCUUUAUAGUA